AUGAUCCCAUCCCAGUACCUUGCUAUUUCACUUUCUUUGCUUCUUUCUGUCAGUGCUGGGAAUCACAUUCGGUCUCACAAUCGAAAUCUUGGCUUUGAUUCCACCACACCAACAGGAGAUGUGGACGUGAAUGAUCCAAACAAUCAGGGCAUUCGGGGUGGUGGUGAUGCUGGAACGGUUCCUUGGUUUGUCCGCCUAGAAGGAUCCAGUGUUUGUGGUGGAUCUCUGAUUCAUGAUGACUGUGUUUUGACUUCAGCAUCCUGUGUGGAUUCGGGCUUUCCCUCUACAGUUUUGGUUGGCCCCACCUCUUCAAGCAAUGGUACCUCAUACACUGUGUCAGGAGGAACCAUUCAUCCUUCAUGGACUGGGACUCCUGAUGCCAACAGUGACAUUAACUUGGCAGUCUUGAAACUAGCCACAACUUCUUCCAAUUCGAAAGCUACCCUCAACAGUAACAGCGCAGUUCCCUCCGGAACUGACAAUUUACAGAUAUUUGGAUUUGGACUGAUCAACAAUGCAGAAUAUGCCAGUUCCUUGCAACAAGCCUUUGUCACAUACACUGCUGACUGUGCAUCCAGCUAUGCCAGCUACAAUGCUACACAAACUAUUUGUGCUGAUGCCACUGCCGCUGCUACCUGUACAGGCGAUUCAGGGGGGCCAGUGCUGGGAGCUGAUUUGGUGACUCAGGUUGCGGUGGCUUCCUUUGGUGUGGGAGCAACCUGUACUGGACGAACUUUGUUGGGAUUUGUACGAAUCAGCCAUGCUUAUGACUGGAUCCAAAGCGAAAUCUGCUCUUUGUCAUCCAGGUAA